AUGAUGGUUUUGGAGCUUCUACCCUUUAUUGGUGAUUCAAUUUGUUCAGCUAAUUUAGGAGUUGACAAGUCCUGCGGGAGGUUCAUAAUGGAGGUAACAGCUCUUGGUCAGGCCAGAGGAGUUCCAGGGGAGCUGGAUCCUUUUGGAAAGGACCUCCCAUUUGUCUUUGUGGGUUAUUGGAAGUAA